AUGGAUGCUUCGCGUUCAAUCAAUGAGAAGCAGGAAACACUCGUUGAUCAUGAGCUUUAUUCUCCUACUAAGGUUACUUAUCCAGAGGGUGGUUGUGAUGCCUGGUUGGUGGUGCUGGGUGCGUGGUGUGGUUUAACUGCAUCGUUAGGGAUCUACAACACAGCCGUUGGACCGAUUUUUGAUGCAAUGGGCCCGCGUGCUCUGAUCAUUGCAGGGACGGUUUCGCCUAUUGGCAUUUUCGCACUCGGCGUUUGCACAGAAUACUAUCAAAUCUUUCUAUGGUCAAUCCGUAUUCUCGUAUCUGUACUGCUUAUGCUUUGCGCCAUCAGUGUGACGUUCUGCCGAAGCAGAGUUCCACCGCGCAAAGGAGCUGAAACAACAUGGCGGGAUACAUUGCCCGACCCUCGUUUCUUCAUGGAUGGUACAGGAGUGAUGGCAGUCACGAAUGCUGGACUCGUCCUGACGGAUCUCGCAUACUUCAUACCUAUCACAUACACGCCCAGCUACUCCAUUGAUUGGCAGCAUCUCCCUCAAGAAGAGGCGUUGACAGGGUCAGCAGCGUUCGCAUAUCAGCUUCUCGCGAUUCUCAAUGUUGCUUCGUGCGUUGGGCGGUACGUGGCGGGUUACUUGGCUGAUCGGCUCGGCCGGUACAAUACCAUGAUUGUCUCGCUGUCCCUCUGCACAGUCUUCGUUCUAUGUUUCUGGUUGCCGGACAUCGUCAUCUCAGACCUAGAUAACGCGGCACUUUUCAUUGUCUGCAUAAUACUAUUUGGGUUCUGUAGCGGUUCGAGUACUAGCCUGACGCCGAUCUGUCUAGGCCAGCUUUGUGACACUCACGACUAUGGGCGAUACUACGCAAGCUGCUUCACCGUCGUAUCUUUUGGGGUGCUGGCAAGUAUUCCUAUUGCUGGGAUAUUGGGCGCCGCGCUUUUCGCAGGACUCAGCUAUGUAGCUUCUUUGCUAUGUUUCCUCUGGGUCAGGAUCAAAGUAAAGGGGUGGGAUUGGAGGGUCAAUUGGUAG